AUGGCACCUACAAUUUUAAUUUCUCUGGCUCUUGCCGUUUCCUGUUGUGUUUUAAUUCAAGCCGAUUUUGUUGAUUUUUUUGAACAGAAACCAAAUGAAGAUGGAAAACACUGGGCACUUCUUGUGGCUGGUUCCAGCGGUUACUACAAUUACAGGCAUCAGGCUGAUGUAUGCCAUGCCUAUCAGAUUAUGAAGAAACAUGGAAUCCCUGAUGAAAGAAUUGUAGUUAUGAUGGUUGAUGAUAUUGCACACAAUAUUGAAAAUCCCGAUAAAGGAUCUAUAAUCAACCAACCUAAUGGACCAAAUGUUUAUCCUGGUGUACCUAAAGACUAUACUCAUGAGAAAGUGAACCCUAAGAUGUUUUUAGAAGUUUUACAAGGAAAUGUAGAAGCUGUUAAAAGUAUGAAUGGUAGUGGAAAGGUCAUUAACAGUGGACCUAAUGAUCAUGUAUUUGUUAACUUUGUUGAUCAUGGAGCACCAGGUAUUUUGGGAUUCCCCAGAGAAUUUUUACAUGCAACUCAACUGAGUCCAGUUGUUAAAAAGAUGGCCAAAGACAAUAAGUUUGCUAAGCUGGUAUUCUAUGUAGAAGCUUGUGAAUCAGGUUCUAUAUUUGCUGGAGAUUUACUGCCUGAUAAUAUUAAUGUUUUUGCUACAACUGCUGCCAAUGCUCAUGAAUCUUCAUACGCCUGUUAUUUUGAUAAUCAUUUAAAAACCUAUUUGGGUGAUGUUUAUUCUGUUAUGUGGAUGCAGGAUUCUGAUAAGGUCAAUUUAAACACUGAAACUUUAAGUAAACAAUUUGAUAUUACUAAGAAAGAAACCAACACCAGUCAUGUCAUGGAGUUUGGUGAUUUGAAAAUUGGUCAAUUGACUGUUGGAGAAUUCCAAGGAAAAUCCAUGGCUGUAGCAGUUGAUAAUUCUCAAGUACCAAACCCUAAUCUCGAUGCUGUAAAAUCUGAAGAUGUAAAGUUAUCAAUCCUAGAACAAAGAUUACUUCGAGCUCAGUCUGAAGAAGAGAAAGAAGCUAUUGAAAAUGAAUUAGAAAUUGUUGUUGCUGUAAAGAAUACUAUUUCUACCUUUAAAAACAUCAUAGCUACAGCAGUGAAUCAUCAGUUAUAUCAUACUCAGAUGAUGUUUACAUUAAAACGACCUCUAACUCAACAUACCUGUUAUAAAACAGUGGUAGAACACCUUAAAACAGUCUGUCCUGGUAUGAACCUUCCACAGAAUGAUUUUGCCAUGAGACAUUUUUACACCCUUGUUAAUUUAUGUGAAGAACAAGUCGUUACUGAUGUUAUUGUUGAUGCCAUGGAAAAGGUUGCCAUGGAAACUAAAUUCUGCUCAGUUUAG